AUGAAGCGCCGAACCUCCAAUGACUUGGCAACCCUUGGCACUCAAGCCUUGACCACUUCGUACGAUCAAGGAGGACAAGGUACGGGCACCACCGAGACGUCCCGACAACAACGACACGAACGACAGAAACAACUAGCCGCUGCCAAGGCCAAAGCCAUCACCCAACGAUACCAACCCAAUGUCCAAGAAGAUCGUCCUCUUGUUGUUGAAGGAACGGAGAAACAACAAGAGGCUCUUCGACCUGUAAACGCAGAAGACAGAGCCCGCAUCGCGUUGGCCAAGGCUCAGGCCAUUACGCAUCAAUGGAGUCAAGAUCAAGUUCAAGAGGGACAUGAUAGUGCAACCCUUCGGACAACUACCACCCAGCAACCGGAUCAGACACGACAAGUCAACCUCAGCAGAGCGGAAACCAUCACCAGCCAGUGGAAGCAGAAAGAAAGCCAGCAGACCACCACAGCACCCCAUGCGGCAUUGCUACAACGACAACUGCCGGGUUGCCUAGCUGUGGCGACAAAGCAGACACCGAAUAAGCAACCGGGACCACCGCUUCCCACCGACAAGCACAUGAGCACCUUUCCUAUAGCAAGACCCAUCAUAGCAAGACCCACCGCUGCUAGUAGUCCUCCCAGAGCACCUCCGAACACUUGGCAAGCCAAACUUCCGGAACAACAAAUGGAUGAAGAGGAUCUGGCAUACCUCCAAGGCGAGGGGUAUCCUCUUGGCCUCAUCAAGGCCAUGACAGACCUCAAAGCAGAUUUCUUUCAACAGAUCUGGAUCAUUGACAAUUCCGAAUCCAUGAAUACGAGGGACGGAAGCAUGUUGGCCGAUGUUUCCUCUUCGAAUGGCAGCCACGGGACUUCGCGUCGCUUCGUCCAUGGGUGCUCUCGCUGGGAUGAACUCAAGGAGUGUGUCGUUUCUCAUAUCCGUCUCUCGGGAGCCUUACGACAGCCCACAUCCUUUCGCCUACUGAAUGAUCCAGGUUCGGCGGCAGGUCCACAGCAAUUUGGUAUUUGCGAAUCGGCUCUUAGCCACGGCUGCAUUGCCGAGCAAGUGCAGCACUGUCGAGACAUUAUGGAGCGCAACUAUCCCGUUGGACAAACGCCUCUGACGCAACACAUUCGAAAGAUCACCGAGGAAAUUCAAGCCGUGCGGUCGGGAUUGCUGGCCAGUGGCAAACGGAUUUCCAUUGUCAUUUGCACCGAUGGGAUCCCCACGGAUGCGCCCAACCGACAAUUCUUUGUGGAUGCCUUGCGCAAACUCGAGACGAUGCCCGUCUGGCUGGUGAUUCGACUCUGUACCGACGAACCAAGUGUCGUGGACUACUAUAAUCAGCUGGAUGACGAGUUGAAGCUAUCCAUUGAUGUCAUUGAUGACUUCCAAGGAGAGGCAUUAGACGUUUGCAAGCGCAAUCCGUGGUUGAACUACGGUUUGCCCUUGCAUCGAGCUAGAGAGCGAGGCUACCACGAGAGGGUAUUGGAUUUACUGGACGAGUGUCCUCUCUCCACCAGGGAGCAAAAGGAGGUUUGUGGAAUUAUAUUCGGAAAGGAAAAAGUUCAACAUUGCCCCGAAGCCGACGUGGAUAAGCCUAGGUUUCUGGCGCACAUGGAUUCCUUGCAGCGAGAGGAACAGCUUCAGUGGGACCCCAUUGAUGAGAAAGUGAAGACUUGGGUUGAUUUUACCGGAGACACAAAGGGAAAGUUGCGAAAGAUGGGGAAAAACAGACGCAAAAAGACUUCAAGAUUCUUCCGCUUGUUUCGCUGA